UGAGCAAUUGGGAUUCCUCACGUGUGGGCUGAUUUGUAGUUUGAACACGUGGCUCAUUCAAAAAAACGUGUAUUUUUUCCCCCUCCUCUUCUUCUUCUUCGGCUCUUCUUCUUCUUCUUCUCCUUGUUGGUUGUAGUCGACCCAGAGGCGGGCGCCUGCCUUUACCGUGUGUGUGACAUUCUCUGUCUCUUUGCCAAAAAGGCUUCGGAGGAAGACACAAAGUAGUUUCUCCUCCUUUUUUCCUUCCCCCCGUCGUCGUCGUCAUUUUGGAAGAUUAAUAAUUAAGCGUUUAUUUAUUGCGCGGUGAAAGAGAAGAGGGGCGACGAGGGAGCGCGGAGCCAGUACGAGGCUGCCAGUUUAAAUCUAUCUGUCCACUCAGUUUUUUUUAUUUUUUAUUUUGCUUUUUUUUUUACGCCGAACAGUGCACACCCGCUGUUGGAAUCGUAGAGGUGGUUUUGUCUCUUUUCUUUUUGGUUGUGAACAUGAAUAAGCUAUACAUUGGCAACGUGAGCGCAGAGGCCAGCGAGGAGGACUUCGAAACUAUCUUUGAGCAAUGGAAGAUUCCCCACAGUGGUCCUUUUCUGGUCAAGACUGGCUAUGCCUUUGUGGACUGUCCCGAUGAGAAGACUGCAAUGAAGGCAAUCGAUGUUCUUUCAGGGAAAGUUGAACUCCAUGGGAAAGUUCUCGAAGUGGAACACUCUGUGCCAAAACGUCAAAGGAGCUGUAAGCUGCAGAUCAGGAACAUCCCGCCUGACAUGCAGUGGGAGGUCUUGGAUGGCAUGUUGGCCCAGUAUGGUGCUGUAGAGAGCUGUGAACAAGUCAACACUGAGACAGAGACUGCAGUCGUCAAUGUUCGAUAUGCAGCCAAGGACCAGGCCAGGCUGGCGAUGGAGAAGCUCAACGGCUCCAUGAUGGACAACAGCGCUUUGAAGGUAUCUUACAUCCCAGACGAGACCGCCGCACCGGAGGGUCCUGCAGCAGGAGGCAGGAGAGGCUUCAACGCCCGCGGGCCGCCGCGAUCUGGCUCCCCAAGCCUCGGCGCUCGCCCCAAAGUCCAGUCAGACAUCCCUCUGCGCAUGCUGGUUCCCACGCAGUUCGUUGGAGCCAUCAUUGGCAAGGAGGGCGCAACGAUACGUAACGUCACAAAACAGACACACUCAAAGAUUGACAUUCACCGGAAAGAGAACGCAGGCGCAGCAGAGAAGCCUAUCACGAUUCACUCCACAGCCGAAGGCUGUUCGAAUGCCUGCAGAACCAUCAUGGAGAUCAUGCAGAAGGAAGCACUUGACACAAAGUUCACUGAGGAGAUCCCACUGAAGGUUCUAGUACACAACACUUUUGUCGGAAGAUUAAUUGGAAAGGAAGGACGUAACCUGAAGAAAAUCGAGCUGGACACGGGGACCAAGAUCACAAUCUCACCCCUACAGGACCUGACCCUGUAUAACCCCGAGCGGACCAUCACGGUGAAGGGCUCCAUUGAGGCAUGUGCGAGAGCAGAGGAGGAAGUGAUGAAGAAGAUCAGAGAGUCGUAUGAGAGCGACAUGGCUGCCAUGAACCUCCAGUCUAACCUGAUUCCAGGCUUAAACUUGAACGCACUGGGUCUGUUCCCCAGUGGCGCACCUGGCAUGGGUCCAUCCAUGUCCCAUGUCCCCCCUCCCGGAGCUGGCGGCUCAGCGUUCGGAUGCAGUCCUUAUGGGGGCGAGGGGUCAUUUUGGGCUUCUAUGAUGUCGGCCAGUACCCAGCCCCUCGCUGGACACCCAGAGUCUGAGACGGUCCACCUGUUCAUCCCUGCACUUGCCGUGGGAGCCAUCAUUGGAAAACAGGGUCAACAUAUCAAGCAGCUGUCACACUUUGCCGGAGCCUCCAUUAAGAUUGCCCCUGCAGAAGGAAUGGAUCCCAAACAGAGGAUGGUCAUCAUUGUUGGACCACCAGAGGCUCAGUUUAAGGCUCAAUGUCGCAUCUUUGGCAAGCUGAAGGAGGAGAACUUCUUUGGACCCAAGGAGGAGGUGAAGCUAGAGGCCCACAUCAAAGUUCCCUCCUUUGCUGCCGGACGGGUCAUCGGCAAGGGUGGAAAAACGGUAAACGAGUUACAGAACCUGACCUGUGCUGAAGUGGUGGUGCCCAGGGACCAGACUCCUGACGAGAACGACCAGGUCAUCGUCAAGAUCAGCGGACACUUCUUUGCAUGUCAGCUGGCCCAGAGGAAAAUCCAGGAGAUCCUGGCUCAGGUGAGGAGACAGCAGCAGCCCAAGCCGGCGCCUGGAGCCCAGCCUCCGCUGCCCCGCAGGAAGUAACUCCCCAGCGGGCUCCUGGAGGAAAUGGUGACUGAAGCUGCCCGACUAAAACGAAGACAGUCGGGCGACGGAUGCAGCAGAGUCCGGGGGAGGGGGUGGGGGAUUAGAUGACCAGGUGUUACGAACGCUCAUCUCAGGGGUAAAAGGUUACUAGAAACCUACCAAAACAUCCAGCCCCUCCUUUGUCUCGCUUGAACUUUCAAGUGUGGCUAAGACACUGCCCCCCCCUCCCUCUCCUCCCUUGUUAUACCACACCUGUAAACCUCCACCCACCUCACCUCUCUGCAUCACUGUGGGAAUGUAUCGGAGGGCUCCCAUCGACGUCACCUGCCCUCACUGUACACACCCCUCGACCGCUCUCCUCCUCCUCCUCCUCCUCCCCUCACGGGUGUGUCUCUUAUCUCACCCCCCCAUCCCCCCCCUUAAACUCUUGCAACACUAAAGAAGAAAUAAGGUUCCCCUCCUAUCACCUCUUUGGUGUGGUACCUCAAACCCAACAAAGAUGUUUUGGUUGACUUCAGAUUUGGUUGAGACUUUUUUUUCCAGUGUUUAAUUGGCUGAUGAAGCUUUCUCAUGAGUUUUCCGUGGAAAGGCAAAAAAAAAAAAAGGCAUUGCUUUCACGGUCCUGGUGGGGCCGCCAGAGGUUUAUUUGGGGGGGAGAGUUGGCUCAGAUUGGUAGGGCCAUGUUUAGGGGAAAGAUUCUUGUUUGAGGCCAGGACCCCUGUAAAAGUGGAUUAUAAAGUGGGUGUCCUGUUGUUGUAAUAACGAAAGUGGCAUUUUAUAUAAAUUCGGAUGCAUUUUAUAGAUAGACCUAUAUAUAUAUAUAUAUAUAUAUAUAUAGAUGAAUAUAUAUAUAUACAUAAACCUAUAAAAAUAUAUAUAUUUAGAGGUGAGGGCAGCGGUGUGACUGACACUUUGGGAAAUGGUGCUGUACUGCUGCUGCCCGGGAAAACCAAUUUAAUAUGCAUUUUACUUAACUACCUCAGGAUCUAGUACCUCAAAAGAAGAGACAAGAAAAUGAUUAUAUAUAAAUAUAUAAGAAAAAAAAAAUCCUUUUUUUUAUUUUGCUUUUGUGGUAUUUUGUAUACUUUAUAAAGCUGAUAGUCUUUGAACAUUUUUAUUUUUUUAAGAAAAAAAAUGUAAAAUUUUGCGGUCGGCUGCCAACUGACCCAUGCCUUCAACUCUGGUGCUUUAUGGUGGCAUUGUACAUGUGUGUGAGUGACUAAAGAUGACCCUGUACAUAACGUCUAUUUGUACAUAGCAGCCCCAGAGCCGGAGUUGGCGCGCCUCAGCUGGCGGCUGACACGAGUAUCCAAGAGAGAGAGAAUCGCCUCAGUUUUUCCCCUGAGGGUCCAACCAUCUUUUUUCUUUUGUUUUUUUUGGAAGAAAACGUACAAAACAACACGCUAACAAAUGCCAACCGUACAUGAUUACAGCAAUGCCAUUUAGUUUUGUGAUUGACUUUGUUCUUGGUAAUGGUACUUUUUAAUUUGUCAAAACCUUUCUUCAUGUGGGCCAGGAUGGAGCAGGCAGGGUGGGUGCUGGUGCCGCUAGUGCUGCCACCAUGUUGACAUCAAGGCCCAAGCCUGACCAGCCCAGCAAACUUAAUGGAGUCAAUGUUAACGUCGCUCACUGCAUGCUGAGGGUAGAGGGGAGUCGCACUGAUGGAUGCAUUUUUCUUUUUAAGUUGCCAUAGCGUAAACUGAUUUAAACAUUCUCCGUGACCCACAAGUUGUUGUUUUUGUGUGACACAAACUGACUUUGGGAGAGGGGCAAGGAAAGCGGAAAGAAAUCCCCCCCCCCCACACACACACCCCGCCCCGCCCCCCGGCCACAAAAAAAAAAAAACCUGACUCGAAAAUUGAUUUCAUUUGUGUCUUCAUGCCGAAUGUAAAUAUGUUGAUUGUGGUAGAAGUUGAGUGUAUCCAUGCUUCCACAGUAGAACGCCGUCUACCUCAGCUAAAGGGGGCGGGGCUGGGGGGGCCCUUGUGCCACUAAGCGCCCCCCUCCCUCCUUCCUUGCUCCCCACUGAGCGCCAGCGCGCACGUUUACCUCAGCCCCCCCCCCAUCCAAAACACUUCUUUCAACACGGGCGCGCCAUCCUAACAUCACGCUUAACUGAGUGGCGUAAGUGAUACUUAAAGACCCCCCUCCACCACCACCACCACCACCUCCUCCUCCCCCUGCAGUUUGUUUUGAUCUACCUCUUUAGACAAGUAUUUGAAGUAGAGGCAUUCUAUCUGUUAGAAUUCAACCCCUCCUCUUUUUUCCCCUCCCCAGAUAUGAAUGAAAUUUAAAAAAAACAAAAAAAAAUCACAUACUUUUAGAACUAAAAUGACUCAAAAGUGAUCAAAAAAAUAGUUUUCAAUAUAUGUAUCUUUUUGGCUUAAUUGAACUCCUCCAACAUCGCCAUUUCUUUCUGCUUUCUUUUUUGGUGGUGUGGCUUCCAUUGUAUUUGAACUUUGUGCUUGGGUUUGUUUGUGGGAAAAAUAAGUCAAAUCCCCUGUUUUGAUUUCGCAUUCAGUAGAGGAAAUGAGAAUACAGUUUUUUUUUUGUUUUUUUUUUUUAAGGACCUGCCUUUUUUUUCCUUUCUAAUUUGUAAGACUGCAAAAUAGAUACAAGUCCUGUAUUCCCCCCCGCCCCCCCUUUUUUUUGUCUUUCACAAAUGCUACUCAAUUGCUGAUUUUUAUUUUAUUUUUUUCCCUCUUGGUAGCCAUCUUCUUCUGUUAGCUGUGUAACGCUGAACAUUCUCUUACAGGACAGAUUUCAGGGAUCCGGUUGUUUCUUUUUUCGGAAAAGUGAUCUAACUACAGCAUGGAAAUCCCGACUCCCAUCUGCAAACAUGCUUGUGACCCCUUCACCUUCCCCCUCACACAGUUCCACUUGUCAAAUGCCUCUGAAUAAAGGACAAAAAAAAUAUAUUCUGAUGGAUGAUGCUGUUUUACGUACAAGUGCAUCAUUGUUCCUGGUGAAAGUGCAUGCAUGUCCAUUUGAAAUCACUGCAGCACUAAAAUCUUUACCACAAAUAAUUAUUCACUUCAGCUGUGCAAAAUGAGUAAAUUGGCCUCCAUUUAUGUUAGUGUUAAGUAUAAUGUGUAAGUGACGCAUCACUGAUGAAGGAAUGCCGCUUUAGUAGGGGGAAAGGCUUUUUAAAACAAUUUGUGUUGUCAGUAACAAAUUUGCUAGCUUCUGUAGUUUCAAAGUAAAGUUAAGCCUCUUUAGGGACACUUUGGUUGGAUUCUGUUAAGUUUAUACAGUAAAAUAAGCCCCAUUGUGUGUGUGUGAACAAAGAAACUGGCAUCUUGAAAGAAUUCUCAUUUUUGGACAAGGAUUUAACUGCUUUUAUUAGUGUCCAAGCAUUUUGUGUUAAACUACUAACUGUUGCAGCACAAAAGGAUUCUACUCAAGGUAACAUCCUCUCACAUGAACCAGGAGAUUGCACAUAUUGAUAUUAUCUAUUACCAACAAAUCAAC